AACCUCCCCUCUUCUCAACAGCCAAGAUGGUCUACAAGGUCGCCCACAGUUCCCUCGCUGCCUGGGGCCGCAAGGAGAUCGUCAUCGCCGAGAACGAGAUGCCCGGUCUCAUGUACCUCCGCAAGCAGUACGGCCCGUCGCAGCCGCUCAAGGGCGCCCGCAUUGUCGGCUGCCUCCACAUGACCAUCCAGACCGCCGUCCUCAUCGAGACCCUCACCGCUCUCGGUGCCCAGGUUACCUGGUCGUCGUGCAACAUCUUCUCGACCCAGGACCAGGCCGCUGCCGCCAUUGCCGCGACCGGCGUCCCCGUCUUUGCCUGGAAGGGCGAGACCGAGGAGGAGUACCUCUGGUGCAUCGACCAGUCGAUCAAGUCGUUCCCGAACGGCGAGGCCGCCAACAUGAUCCUCGACGACGGCGGUGACCUCACCGCGCUCGUCCACGAGAAGUACCCCGAGCUCCUCGCCGGCAUCAACGGCGUCUCGGAGGAGACCACCACCGGCGUCCACCACCUCUACAAGCUCCACAAGGAGGGCAAGCUCAAGAUCCCGGCCAUCAACGUCAACGACUCGGUCACCAAGUCGAAGUUCGACAACCUCUACGGCUGCCGCGAGUCGCUCGUCGACGGCAUCAAGCGUGCCACCGACGUCAUGCUCGCCGGCAAGGUCGCCAUCGUCGCCGGAUACGGUGACGUCGGCAAGGGCUGCGCCGAGUCGCUCCGCUCGUACGGCUCGCGUGUCAUCAUCACCGAGAUCGACCCGAUCAACGCUCUGCAGGCCGCCAUGGCCGGCUUCGAGGUCACCACGAUGGAGGACGCCGCUCCUCAGGGCAACAUCUUCGUCACGACCACCGGCUGCCGCGACAUCAUCCGUGCCGAGCACUUCGAGGUCAUGCCCGAGGACGCCAUUGUCUGCAACAUCGGACAUUUUGAUUGCGAGAUCGACAUCGCGUGGCUCAAGGCCAACGCCGCCGAGUGCAUCAACGUCAAGCCCCAGGUCGACCGCUACACGAUGAAGUCGGGCCGCCACAUCAUCCUCCUCGCCGAGGGCCGCCUCGUCAACCUCGGCUGCGCCACUGGCCACCCGUCGUGGGUCAUGUCGUGCUCGUUCACCAACCAGGUGCUCGCGCAAAUGGCCCUCUGGCCCGACAACUCAAAGUACCCGCUCGGCGUUCACGUCCUGCCGAAGGAGCUUGACGAGGAGGUCGCCCGCGCUCACCUCCAGAGCCUCAACGUCCGCAGCACCAAGCUCACCUCGGUCCAGGCCGACUACCUCGGCCUCCCCGAGAACGGCCCGUACAAGUCGAACCACUACCGCUACUAAGCGUCGUCGCCUUCUCGCGGCCUUUCCUCCUUCGCUUUCUUCUCUCCGGGUCCCAAGUCGGUUUCGCACGGUGGUCCACGUCCACGUUGUCCCCUCGGGGAGAGCGCCGGCGUGCGGCUAAAAGAACCCGAGGUCCUCAACGGCCUCGCUCCUCCCUUCCUCCCUUUUGAUACCCUCUCUCCCUCCCUCGUUCUGUACCCCUCCCUCGCAUCGAGUCGAGCAUCGCGAGCUCGCUAGCAGUCGUGGAAUGACAUCAACUGUUCCCC